CCAAGAUUCAUACCUGCAGCGGUGUGAGGAUCCCACUCAGAGAUUCCGCUAGUCUGUAGGGAGGAACACAGGGCAAAAUAGGCUUAGUGGGACCUUACUGCACAGAGUAUAAGACAUCAGGCUUAACCCCAAGUUGCUUGGGAGACGAUGGACCUUGUGAUAUAACUGAGAUAUACAGAUCAAAAAUCCCACAGCCAUCUGCUGUAGGCAUGCAUGAGUUACCCAGUCAGAUUCUCCCUCGCCAAAAUGGACAACUCCGGACUGAAGCCUGAUAUGUCCAGAUAUCCUGAACCAUCACAACAACAGCCAAUGCCCGUGAAGAAGGUCAAGUCAGAAGAAUGUUAUGAGUUCCUUCAGAAAGUCAAAGUGGAAGAAACCCCAGGUCUAGAACAUGGCUGCAAGACAGAGAUACUCGCAUUCCAAACCUUCAUUGUCAAAGAAGAGAAGUGGUCACCAGUGCGAAUUAAAGAAGAAGAAGAAGAAUCCAAUUUAAGGGAAUAUGGACACAGCGACUUUUCCCCUGAUAGUCAGAAAGUGGAAGAAAGGCCUGAACUGGAACCUGACUGGACGACUGAUAUGCCAACAUCACCGCAGCUGACCUGCAAGGAGGAAACGUAUUGCACCGUAGAAAUCAAAGAAGAAAUGAAGGAGGAAACAUAUUGCACCAUAGAAAUCAAAGAAGAAAUGAAAGAAGAGGACUGUCACGAGGAUGUGUCUUUUACAAUUCAGGAAGAAAAGCCUGGAAUAGAAUACGACUGUAACGCCAAAAUGUACACAUCACCACAGUUGACCUGCAAAGAAGAAAUCAAAGCAGACGCAUAUGUUCCAGAAGAAAUUAAAGAAGAAGAAAUUGAAGAAGAAAAUGUUAGAGAAUAUGGUCAUGGCUCGUCUCCUAUAAACACUCGUGGGAGUAUUGGUAUUGACUGUGAUCCUGAACCAAAAACAUGGUCCAUUCUUGGUAGUUUCAUGGCAUUUGGAUCAGAUGACCUGUUCUACAGCGCACCUAAUACCACCCUUGAUGCUCUUGUGGCGUUUCCCCACUUCGCUCCAGCCACAGCCCCCCUGUCAUCACCAGCGGCCCCCGAAGGCCUAGCCGCCCCAGCCCUAGAAAUGCGAGACCCGUGUGGCCAGAAAUGCCGAAGACAAUGCACAGCCAAGUUUAGUGAGGAGAGACGGCAGGAGAUUUGGAGCAGUUACAGGGCCAUGGACUUCGCAGAAAAGCGCAUGUUCGUGUUUCACAGCGUCAGCCAGCUGCCGACGGCAAGAUCUUGUGGUGCUGGAAGUCGGCGUGGCAGGUCCUUUGUUUACAGGCUAAAGGACAAAGAUCGAGUCCCGCAGCAAGUCUGUAAAACAUUCUUUUUGGCCACACUGGGGUACCAUCCCACGAAUGACUCUCUGGUCCUCUCUGUGAUGAGGAGGGAGAUAGGAAAUGUGUCAAACCUGAGAGACCAAAGAGGAAGGCACGCGCCAGCCAACAAGCUGGACAUGCAGCCUGUGUACGACCAUAUUGAGUCCUUCCACCCAUCGGUGAGCCACUGUGGAAGGGUGCAGGCCCCACAUUGUCGGUACCUUCCCAGAGACAUCACCGUCAAGCUAAUGUAUGCUGAUUAUGUGGAAAAGGGUAACCGCUGCUCCUAUGAAACCUACCGCAAAGCUGUGAAGCAGAAGAACAUCAGCUUUUGCAAAACGAGGGGCGAUGUGAGGAGUGCCUGCUGGCCAUGAUGGGGAGGAUGGGGUGCUGGCCGUGAUGGGGUGCCUACUGAUGGGGAGGAUGGGGUGCCUACUGAUGGGGAGGAUGGGGUGCUUACUGAUGCUGCUGCUCUGUGGUGAAUUGGAAAGUUCUGCUUAAACCAAGAAAAAACGCACCAAAGUUGGGCAUCAUUUGUGCAUCAUUUGCUAACUCAGAUUCAGAUACGCACUUAUACUUACCUGUCCCCUGGGGGAAAUUUGUUGUCACAGAAAAGUAGAAUUGGUUGAGAUAUAGAGUGUGGAUGUGCUGAAUUAAAAGGAUCUGCUAAAGCCAAGAAAAAUGCACCAAAGGCUGAGAUUCAGCAGUGACGUGGCUAAGGGGGGUAUGUCUAUUAUCUCGCUAGAUUGUUGAGCGAUGAUGGCAGAUGGGAUAAAACUUUUACCAUAGCAUGUUUUCUUGUGGGUUAUUUACCUCUGUGUUCCAAUCCAUUCAUGACUUUUAAAUUGUACUGUGACCUCUGUGUUUGUGCUUUAGUCUAUAUGUAGCAUAUGAUAACAUCCAUGAACUUUUGAAUUGUCCUUGGGUCACUUGAAAGGUUCUUAUUAAUGAAAUGCACUAUUAUAUCUCUGUUAUUGUUGUAACUUUGCAUUCCAAAUCAAUUAAAUUAUGUUGAAUCAUUAGA